AUGCCUGUCAAGAUACGUAAACAGAAUCAAGAUUUACUCAGGCAGAAAUAUAUGUCUAUAAAGACUUUGUCUUUAAACAAUCUAACAGCAAAACAACAUAUGUUGAUGGCUCUGUGUAGAGAUGUCUCAUUGUUACCACCAUCAUACUAUACUUUCACUUCACUUAGACGAUGUAUUAAUGUAAUGAUGGAUUCUCCAUACGUAAAACUUUAUGAACCACAAUCAUUUAGAGACACUUUGACUAGAUUCUGGCAGACCUAUAUGUUAUACAAUAAUUUAACAGAAAUAUCGUCUGCAGCAUUAUUAAACUCUAGUCAUAUGUCAUCGUCAUCAUUUUCAUCAUCAUCUUCAUCUUCAUCUUCUUUAUCAACUGUGACGUCAACAACUUCUGCGAUUGGAGCCGCUAUCGCUGCUACUCAAACAUUCGCUGAUAGUGAUACUCCAGGAAAUUUAGUGAUAAAUAGUUUAGUAGCAGCUAGAGCCUCUGAAUAUUUGUUUUGUGCCAUCUGGUGUCUAGUGGCAUUAUAUUUAUCAUAUGCAAUCCUGGAUUCUUUAAUGGUAAGAUGGAUUGUUAAAUAUUCCACUGUGGCUGCUAUAUUAAGAAUGUUCUCAAUGUCGUUAAUAUUUGUCUCGUUUGAAUUAUUACUAUUGAACUCUUUAUCUCCUGAAAAUAAUUACUUCUUACAUACUUGGAUCCUUAUUAGCUGCAUUUUAACAUGUGGUUAUAUAUGGCAAAGUUAUCUAACUUCAGAUUUAAACUAUAUUAGAAGAAAGAAACCUGGAUUGAAUAAUAGAAGUAAAAGCUUACAAAAUGAUAACUUGAAUAAUUAUACGGAUUCUAAUACAACAAUUACUGAUUCUAAUUCUCCUAGGAUAUCAAAUUCAAAUUCUGAUUCUGAUUCUGAUUCUGAUUCUGAUGAUACUUAUGCAUUUUCUGAUGAUAAUGAUGAUGAAGAAGAAGAGAAUCUCCAAGAUUCAACCCGAAAUGAAAAUAAUCAUUCUAUUCCAAGAAGGAAAAAGAAGAAAAAUUCACAAAAUAAAUUGGAUCUAUCAGGUUUUAAAUUUACUACAAAGAGAACAAUAGAUCUAUAUAACAUUAUAGUAUUCUGUGUGGUACCUGUUGGAUUAGCAAGUUUUAUUACAAUGGUAGGUCUAUUAAGAAACUUGUUCAUCCAAAGACUUGAUGUAGAACAACUAGCUAGAAUCAUUCAAGAAUCAGUACAUUAA